AUGAAAUACUUUCAGAUUUCAACUGAAAAAGAAGUUUAUUGUCGAUCGUUAGAUAUACGAAAUAGUCCUAUAAUGGCAUUCCAAGACAAGGAAAAUAAUCAGAAAUGGUCGACCUUAUCGGAAUGUACUGUUAUGGAAGGUGAUUUCUCAGUUUCAAUGAUUACAAGCUCAAAUUUCACUCACGAAAGUUUUCCAGUUUUUAAACGAUUGCGAGUUAUCACAGGUCAUUUGCUCAUCUUUCAAGUUAGUGCACUUCGUUCGCUUAAAGAUAUGUUUCCAAAUUUGCGUAUUAUUGGUGGUCAGGAAUUGAUAAUGAACUAUGCGUUAGUUAUCUAUCAAAAUACUCAUAUGAUUGAAGUUGGAUUACCUAAGUUAACAACGAUAUUUAAUGGUGGAGUACGUAUUGUCGAUAAUACUCAGUUGUGUUAUAGUCGCUACAUAGAUUGGGGAGCAAUGCUUGUUGGAUCCGCGAACGAUAUAUUAAUUGAUCAGAGUAAAUCAACUGAUUCAGAAUUGUGUAAUGAUAUCUGUGAGCCCGAAAAUGAUGAAAGAUGUCAUCGUGUUGAUGGAAUGCUUUCUUGUUGGGAUACCAAAACUUGUCAAUUAAAAUGUCAUCAUUCACGAAAUGACGACCAGUCGAUAGGUCCCGGUUGCGAUGAUUUGGGUCGCAGAUGUCAUGAUCAGUGUUUGGGAGGUUGCAGUUUGCCUAAUAAUCCCUCUAAGUGUCAUUUUUGUAAGAACGUCGACUACAAUGGAACUUGUUUCGAUCAUUGUCCUGAAAGCUUGUAUGAAAUUCAUCACGUCUAUCUCGUACGAAGAUGUGUAACAUUGGAAGAAUGUCGAAGUAUAUCAGCACCAGUCACUCCAGAAAGUACGAGAAAACAAAUGUUGGUUGUUGAUAAUAUGUGUCGAGUAGACUGUCCAUUCGGGCAGGAAAUUGAUCCAACAAAUUCUUCGCGAUGCAUUAAAUGUGAAGGCUAUUGUCCUGUAAAAUGUAAAGGUGGAACAAUUGAUUCGUUUGGUCGCAUGCAAGAUUAUCUUUUUAAAAAAUGCAAUGUUAUUGAAGGAUUUUUGGAAAUUGAAUUAAGGACCGGUCUUGAUGCUGGCGCAAUAGAAAAAGUUGGUGAAGCACUGGGAAACAUUGAAGUUAUUGAAGGAUAUUUAUUAAUUGAUUUUAGCACCUCAUUUAUAUCACUUCACAUGUUCAAAAGGUUGCGAUUAAUUAAAGGCAAUACUUUAUGGAGAGAUCGGUACGCAUUAGCUAUAUUUGAAAAUCCGAAUCUUAGGCAAGUGUUUGAUUUCGAACGGCAACCAAUUUCCAUUAGUAAUGGCACUGUACUAUUUCAAAAUAAUCGGAUGCUUUGUUAUAAUCGAAUUAAAUCUCUUAUUGAUCACAUGGGUCUAACUGAUGUUAAAGAAAAUGAUGUUUCUUACUACAGUAAUGGUGACAGAGCAAUUUGUAAUGAAACUACUUUCGAAGUCAAGACGGAUGAAGUACAUAGUUUCGGUUUUAUGAUAUCUUGGGUAGCAUUUAAUACUACUGAUAUGGAUCAUCGGAAAUUUCUUGGUUAUCAGGUUUUCUUCAAAAAAGUUGAUGGACCAGAUCCAAAUCUCACUAUCGAUGACAAUCGUUCUGCAUGCAGCGAUUCGUGGCAAAUGCAUUUUGAGCCAGAGAAAGGAAAUGGUAAUGAGGGACUAAAUCGAGGAACAGCACUUUUUGGAGUGGAAUCUAACACUUGGUAUGCUUAUUAUGUUCAGACAAAAUUAAUAAAUCAUCCUGGAGCAAGAAAUGCGAUCUCAAAGAUAAAUUUCGUUAAAACUCUUUUCUCUCCUCCGGAUCCACCCGAAGAUGUUCGAGGAAAAUCGAUGAAAUCUGAUCAAAUUGAUCUUGAAUGGGAUCCACCAGAGAAAGCAAAUGGAGAUAUAACGCAUUAUUCGAUUAGAUGGCAGUUACUCACAGAUGAUUCUUCUUCAUUUGCCGGACAUGUAUGCGAUGAUAAAGCAGGAGCCGGAAGGCGUCAGCACAAAGAUCCACAACGUACAAUACAACCAGUUACUUCCAAACCAUCUGCACAAACUUGCCUUAAACAAGAAGGCUGUUGUGAUUGUCGUUCUUUAAAAAGAACUGGAUUAGCUGCGCCAUAUUUAAACGAGGAAGAGGAAACAAAUGAUGAAGCUGAAUUCGAAAACGCUGUUCAAAAUCAUGUUUUCAUACAACAGUUAGUUUAUUUUCGCAUUUUUUUCUCUAAGCUUAUCGAAAUAUCUGAGUCACAUUUGUCAUUUAAAUCAUUUUUAUAUCAUUACAGCGAUACUAGUCAGAGAUUAACCCGCGAUAAAAGAAAUGUGCAAUUGAAUACAAUGACGAAUGAUAAAAUCUAUGGUGAUGAAAAAAAAAUAAGAAUAAUUCACGAGGUUAAUGAAAGUAUAAGUCUUUAUAAAGUGGAUAAGGAUAUUGGUACACAUAGAAUCAACGUUACAACUCGAUUUUUACGAAUUCUUGGAUUACGGCAUUACACCCAGUAUCAAGUUUGGUUAUAUGCAUGUCAAAAUACAUCGGCAGAAGGUGGUUCAUAUUGCUCUCAACGUCCAGGGUGGAUUGUUAUUCGUACUGCACCAAUUCCAGAAAAUGAUUUGGUAGAUAAUUCGACAAUUGAAGUAAUCAAUUCAACUACUGUAGAGGAAGAUCGGCGCAGUCGAAAAAUUGUAUGGGCCGAGCCUUUGCGUCCCAAUGGCGCUAUACUUGCUUAUAAAGUGAAGGUCGUUGCUGAAGAUCGUGAACAAACUCCUAUCCCGCAAUGUAUCAAGGCAUCAGAUUUUCGUCGAGAUGGCGGAGUAACUUUUCGUGGCCUUCCUGAGGGAAUUUAUCGGGUAGAAGUUCGAACGAUUUCAGUUGCUUCACUAGCUUUGGUUUCUACUGAUGAAAUUGCCGUCGCAAGAACAGUUUUCUCAGUUGUUAAACCAUCUUUUUUUACUUGGAAAGUUACGUUAUUGAUCAUUAUGAUCACGUUCUUGGUUCUUUCAAUAGCUGCACUAUUGCUGUACUAUUUUUCUCAAAAAGUCUUUGGUGAGAAGGUGCGUGAAUAUGUGCGGCAACAGAUAUCUGCAAAUCCCGAAUAUUUAAGUCAAAUGGAUGUAUAUAAACCUGAUGAAUGGGAGCUUAAGCGUACUGAUAUCGUGCUUGAAGAAGAAAUAGGACGCGGCACUUUCGGGAAGGUCUAUCGCGGUUGUGCUAAUAAUGUCAUUUCGCAUGGUGGUGUUCGUUUCGGAGAAUGUGCCGUGAAAACAGUUGCUGAAGGUGCGAACAGUGCUGAGAGAUUGCACUUCCUUAUCGAGGCUAGUGUAAUGAAACAGUUCAACACUUCGUUUAUUGUUAAACUUUAUGGUGUCGUUUCCGAUGGUCAACCAGUUUUAGUUGUAAUGGAGCUUAUGAAAAAAGGUAAUUUGCGCGAUUAUUUGCGUUCAAGGCGCCCUGGUGCCGAAGAAAAUCGCGAUAAUCUUCCAAUUCCUUCGCAUAGUGAAUAUGUUCGUUGGGCUUGUCAAAUAGCGGAUGGAAUGGCUUAUUUGGAGUCACUUAAAUUCUGUCAUCGAGAUCUUGCUGCAAGAAAUUGCAUGGUAAGUGAGGAUGAUAGUGUAAAAAUUGGUGAUUUCGGAAUGGCUCGUGAUAUUUAUUACCAUGAAUAUUACAAACCAACAGGGAAGCGUUUAAUGCCUGUUAGGUGGAUGGCUCCCGAAUCAUUAAAAGAUGGAAAGUUCACGAUGAAAUCAGAUGUCUGGUCUUAUGGAAUUGUACUCUAUGAAAUGCUGACAUUAGCGCAACAACCAUAUUCGGGUAUCAGCAAUGAAGAUGUCUUCAACUAUAUUGGCGUUUCGCGUCGAAUAUUAACACGUCCUACUGGUUGUCCCGAUUUUUGGUAUGGCCUAAUGGUUGAAUGUUGGAAAUAUGAUCCUCGAGACCGACCAGAUUUUGUUCAAAUUCUUGGGAAACUAAUUUCCGAUCCGUCUAUCGAUGGAAAUUUUCUUAAAGCAUCAUUUGUGCUCUCAUUGAGUGAAAGGUCUGAUGAAAUAGUAGUCGAUGAGAUUUUCCAGCCAGAAGAAAUUUAUCCUUUGUCCAGUAAUGAUACUGAAUUAGUUAUGAAUGUAGCUACUCAAAAUUCAAAUAAUCCGAUUUGUAACUGGAAUCGUCGAUAUCUUAGUAAUUUUAUAAACUGGCAACGAGGCAGUUCUGAUGGACCAAAUAACAUACAAAAUUUCGAUAGGCAAAUGAUAAAAUGCGAACGUGAAGAUGAAUUAUAA